AUGGUGUCUGGCGCUACCUACGCAGGGACGUCUAGUCUAUUCGCCGCAUAUCUUGUAGGUGUGAUGACGUCCUGGAUCGACGACUUUUCAAAGGAGUACUCGAGCGCAGAAGGUCCCGACAAUGCAGUCACCGAAUCAAGCACUGAAUCCACUGCCCAGCAAACUGUAACUGCACCCAGUGCCCAACAUAAAGAGCCUCCCACCGGCAGACUGGUCUAUGAAAAGUACUACCACGAACCGGUCACCAGGAUCCUCACCCCUCUAUUCUUCGCCUCAGUCGGAUUCGCCAUCCCCAUCACCGAAAUGUUCACCGGAAAAAUAGUCUGGCGCGGCAUCGUCUACGCUAUUCUCAUGACUUUCGGCCAAUUAAUCACCGGCCCUCUGGCUCUUCCGCUUCUCAUCCAGACUACGUAUAUCAAGCAUCCUCCGGGCCCUAAAGGAACUCUUUUCUCGCAUGUUCCUAUUCUGCACGGAUCCAUACCCAACACUCCGAAAGCAAGAGAAAAGGAAUCAACACCUCCUGGACCACUCCUCUCAAACUCCCAAUCCACCUAA